AAAAGAGUGCAACUGGUUAUAACUGCUUCCUUUUAUUCUCAACUGUUCAUAAAUCCAACUAUUAUCUUUUCCUCUAUUCUACUUUCCCAUGGCUUCCACUCUCUCCAAUCUCACUUAUUUCUUGGUGAAUCAAGCGAAUGGAGUAAAGGGUCUUGCUGAUCUGAACCUCCCAACUGUUCCUCCCCAAUACAUUCAACCUCUCCAAGCUAGAUUAGAUCACUCCAAAAUUAUCCCUCGGAAAUCAAUACCCAUCGUUGAUUUCACCAACUGGGAAGACCCAGAUGUUCAAAAUUCCAUUUUUGAUGCUGCAACCGACUGGGGUUUCUUCCAAAUCGUGAACCAUGGGAUACCCUUUAAGGUUAUUGAUGAUCUCAAGGCUACUGUGCACAGAUUCUUUGAAUUGCCAGCUGAGGAAAAGAAGAGCCUCAAAGAGAACUCACCCCCUGAAGUUGUCAGAUUAGGCACCAGUUUUAGCCCCCAUGCUGAGAUGGUUUUGGAGUGGAAAGAUUAUCUGCAACUUGUGUAUGCCUCAGAGGAAAAAAUUCAUGCACACUGGCCUGUAAUAUGCAAGGAUGAGGCAGUGGAAUAUAUGAAGCAUUGUGAAGUUUUAAUUAGAAAACUGCUAAAGGUGCUUCUUAAGAAACUGAAUGUGGAGGAGUUAGAUGAAGCAAGAGAAGACACUCUAAUGGGUUCAAUGAUAUUGGGAUUCAAUUACUACCCAGCAUGCCCUGAGCCUGAAAUUGUAUCAGGGGUAUCCCCUCAUUCUGACAUAUCAUCAAUCACUGUUCUUCUGCAAGAUGACAUUGGAGGGCUUUAUGUUAGAGACAGUGAUGAUGGAGAGAGUUGGAUCUAUGUUCCUCCUGUUGAGGGUGCAUUGGUGAUCAAUAUUGGGGAUGUGUUGCAGAUAAUGAGCAAUGACAGAUAUAAAAGCAUAGAGCAUAGAGUGAUUGCAAAUAAAAGGAAAACCAGAAUCUCUAUUCCAAUAUUUGUGAACCCAAAACCUGAUGCUGUUAUUGGUCCUUUGUCAGAAGUAUUGGAAAUCGGUGAUAAACCAAAAUAUAAACAGCUUUUGUUCUCUGACUAUUUCAAGCAUUUCUUCAGCAAGCCUCAUGAUGGGAAGAAAACUAUUGAAUUUGCCAUGAUAUGAUUGUAGGAUUGUGGUGUUGGUUGACACUGCUUGAAGGUGUUUGAAGUGUAGAUCUUCUUUAACUGCAUUCCUGCAUAUGCUACACAUUGAAGCAGAAAAUGCAAUAACUUGUAUGUGGUCAGACAGAAAAGUUAUAGUGGAUUAUGUAAUAAUACCUUUAUUGUAAUGGUCAGUUAUGGCUUCUUUACAGUUUUUAUAAACAUUUAUGUCCCUCCUCUGCUUAGGCCA